CUUUACCUGCUCUCUACAGAUAGGCUUUACAGAUAGACGCAGCACAAGAAUAUAAGUAUUCGAGAGCCAUUCACCCCCAGACCUGGGAACAAGAAGUACCUAUUCUCAUUCUACCAAUAGUUACAAGGUGCUUGAUCCCAAGAGUACCUCUUGCUUGUGAAGCUCACCUAGAAAAGUACUCUCUUACGCUCUUACUUCCCGCUUUACCCCACCUCCCCCUCAACCCAAGCACCAAGAGCUACCAGCACCCCGACUCGACCCCCCCUCCCGAAUCCCGUCCAGUUUACCUGGGAAGUCUCCAUCAGCAACCGCUGCUUCUCUGUCCUGUCCAGGGUCGAGCCUUCUUUCUGCUCGAUUUUUCUACUCCCGACCUACGCCAGCCUCAAGCUCUCCCUCAUAAACGUCGUCUGCACUCUCACCGCUAACGCCCGCCUCCUCUCGAUCCCAUCAUCCCCAAGGCUGUGUCUGUCCGAUCAUUCCACACCCACGACUCUCGCUGCGACCGAGAACCCCUCCUGAAAAAUGAGUUUCUCCAAUAUGCUCAGCAGGCUCCAGGGCCAACCCGAGAGCUACGAUAAGAAGGCUAAAUAUCGCUUCGGUCGCACUCUCGGAGCUGGAACUUACGGUAUCGUCCGUGAGGCUGACGGUCCUACUGGCAAGUGCGCCGUCAAGAUCAUUCUCAAGAAGAAUGUGAAGGGCAACGAGAGAAUGGUCUACGACGAGCUGGACAUGCUCCAGCGUCUGAAGCACCCCCACAUUGUCAAGUUCGUUGACUGGUUUGAGUCGCGUGACAAGUACUACAUCGUCACUGAACUAGCUACUGGCGGAGAGCUGUUCGAUCGUAUUUGCGAGCAGGGCAAGUUCACGGAGAAGGAUGCUUCGCAAACUAUCAAGCAGGUUCUCGAAGCCGUCAACUACUUGCACCAGAACAACGUCGUACACAGAGACUUGAAGCCCGAGAACCUCCUGUACCUGACCAGAGAUAUGGAGUCCGAUCUCGUCUUGGCCGAUUUCGGUAUCGCCAAGAUGCUCGACCGCAAAGACGAAGUCCUCACAACGAUGGCCGGUUCCUUCGGCUACGCAGCCCCUGAGGUCAUGUUGAAGAAGGGCCAUGGUAAGCCGGUAGAUAUGUGGUCCAUGGGUGUCAUCACAUACACUCUGCUUUGCGGUUACUCUCCUUUCCGCUCGGAGAACCUCCAGGAUCUUAUCGAUGAGUGCAGUAAUGCUCAGGUCGUCUUCCACGAGCGUUACUGGAAGGAUGUCAGCGAUGAUGCAAAGGACUUCAUUUUGCAUCUUCUGCAACCAGAGCCCGUCAAGCGCUGGUCGAGUGAGGAAGCUCUCCACCACCCAUGGCUCAGCGGAGAGAAUGCCACCGACCACAACUUGCUGCCCGAGAUCAAGGCUUACAUGGCCAAGGCUCGUCUCCGCCGCGGUAUCGAGAUGGUCAAGCUUGCCAACAGAAUCGAGACGCUCAAGGCACAAGAAGAGGACACAGAGGAUUCGGACUUCCCAGCCGACGCUAUCAGCGCCGCAGACCAGUCCAAGCACGUUGGCGCACACGAGGUUGCCACUGGCGAGAAGCGCAGUCUUUCCAAGACGAUCAAGGGCGCCAUCUUCCGUGAGGUCGUCCUUGCCAAGGUCCGCGAGAUGAAGCAGCAGCAGGACACGCUCAAGGUGAAGGAGGACGCGGAGAAGGAGCACAGAAGACGCAGCUUCCAGGGAUGAGAAUUGACGCACGUCUCUGUAUGGUGACCUGGGCGAGUCAGUUAGGACUCAGGAAGAUGAUACCACACGGGUUGGAUGAUACAACGGGCCACUGGUCGCGGCUCAGCAGCGGUUUUGAAGUUUUUUAGUUCUUACUGCUUUUCGUUGAGCACCGAUUUCGUUUCAAGCCGAAGAUACAUGGCUAGAUGAGCGCUAUAUGUUUGUUGCUUUGCCUGAGCAGGCGGGGGGGACAGAAAAGCCGGGGACAGAUAUGACUUUGAGCAACACCCAUCACUUCUUCCAGAUUCGAACCUCUUCUUACGCAUUAGCACUUGAUCUUUGGUGAAUCUUGCGUCCACGUCAUACAAUAUCUGAAUGCUUUGUGGAAUGGUCAUUCUUAGUCUUGAGCAUGGAAGUCUCGGUUGCCAGCCUCUGGAUUUCAGACUGGACUUUGGUCGAAGCAACGUAUUCAUACUCUACUACUUAGGUACACACAGGAAGUCCGUCUCCUUCAACACCGUUUCUGUCAUCAGCACAGCAGGCGUCUUCCUAGGUCGGUUGGUCUGGACAAACUGGGCUGGAUGGAUGGAAGUGGUUCAAGGUCAACAACAAUCAAAUCACUGCCCAUAACCUAAUCGACGAUAGACAUUCUUUCCGAAAUCCCCUGAAUUCGAUUCCUAGAAUGGGCAUGGAGAGAUGUAGUCCUGCCCAAUUGUGAACUCUUUAUUGGGGGCAAGCAAGAC